AUGCCGUGUGAAUUCUCUUCAACUCUCAGGAACCAGCCGCUAGUCCACCCCCGUCGUCGGAUCUCUCACGCCGCCGACCAGCCACGCAGUCAUUGCCCUCCUCCGAACGACCAGUCACUCCAUCCCCCGAACACUCCAGCAGCGGAACCAUUACAGUCACCCAUCUCACGACCUCACCAGACCCGCCGCCCACCAGCAACGGCGUCAACCAGCCCUACAACGACCAACGACCGCACCACCCCAACUCCCUCUCAAACCCGCCGUCGCACAGACCCCAUCAGAUUGGAGCUCAAACGUAACAAGAAUCCAGCAACAACAACUCCAUUUUCAGCCGAAAAUCCAGCAGAUCAUAACCCAAAUAGAACAAAUCGAGCGAAGCUUUCUGUUGAUACCAGUUUCCGUUCUUUGAGAGCUUCGACUGAGUUUGUAAGGCUGUCUGGUCGACUGAGUUUGUAA